CGGGCGGGUGCGGGGCCAUGAACGGCUCGGCGAACCCGCUGGACAAGGAGGACCACCUGCUGCAGCUGGGCGAGAGCUUCGAGCGGCGGCCCAAGGCCUUCUUCCACACCAUCCGCUAUGAUUUUAAGCCGGCAUCGAUUGAUACGUCUUGUGAAGGCGAGAUCCAAGUGGGUAAAGGAGAUGAUGUAACAAUCACUUUGCCACAUAUUCCGGGUUCAACUCCUCCAAUGACUGUUUUUAAAGGAAAUAAAAGGCCGUAUCAGAAGGACUGUGUGCUUAUUAUCAAUCAUGACACUGGGGAGUAUGUUCUGGAAAAACUCAGUAGCAACAUUCAAGUCAAGAAAACAAGAGCAGAGGGCAGCAGUAAGAUCCAAGCCCGAAUAGAACAACAGUCUGCCCGAGCAUCUCAACCUCCUCCACAGUUCAGAGCCCCAACCAAGCCAGCAACUGGACCUAAAACUUCUCCUUUGAAAGAUAAUCCUUCACCUGAGCCUCAACUGGAUGACAUUAAGAGAGAGCUGAGAGCGGAGGUUGAAAUUAUUGAGCAGAUGAGUAGCAGCAGUGGAAGCAGCUCAUCGGACUCAGAAAGCUCAUCUGGAAGCGAAGAUGAAAGCUCCAGCAGUGAGGGGGAAGAGCUAGCACAUGUUUCCCCUUCCCAGCCACCUCACCAGCAGUAUAACAAUAGGAAUGCUGUUGCUAACGGCACCAGCAGGCCACAAGGAAGCAAUCAGCUCAUGAGCACGCUCCGAAAUGACUUGCAGUUGAGUGAAUCUGGGAGUGACAGUGAUGACUAGAAGCUGAGCUUUUCCUGCUUCUCUUACAUAUACAUGAAGAACUAAAUUACCUUGAAGUGAUCAUAUUGCUUACAAAGAGGAUCUGGCACAGGAAUACUUCCACAUGUUGAAUUUUAAUAGAAGGAAUGUGUAACUUUGUAAAAUAUCAGAUGUUGAGGGCUGUUUUACUUUGCAAAUUGAGUGUAUAUUUUGUGUAUAUUCUUAUUCUUUAAAAGCUUUACAUAGGUGUGUACAGUGGGGAAGCCAGUAUAUGCCCCUGUGUUCUUAUCUGUUCAUUAUUUGUAAGCUUAACAUGUAACUUCAUCAUGUCAUCCGAAAAUUUCUUAUUUGUAGGAGAUACUCAGUCCAUAGUGGAAGAUAUUCAGCCCAUUGUGUCUUUGUUGGGGGGCUUUUGUAAUAUAGGGUGAGUGCGUGCCAACAAUGAGUUAAAAAAAAACAACAACAACCAUGCAGAACCUAGAGUGUGCACUGAAGUGGGACUGUUAUAAAUUAAGCAUCAACACUAAGUUGAUUUAUUUGAUUUGGGACUUUUCUAAUGUGUUUUUAUUGCUAUUUAUGAUUGAUUUAAAGGACAUACUUUUCAAUAGUUGGAAAGGAUAAAUCAUAAAACCAUGUUUGUCACAAACCUUGCUGCACCAGUGCCUUAUAAGCAGGUCUUUAAAUGGAGCUUCCUGCCACCUCUCACAUAGGGAGCAAUACUGAAACCUCUUCAGAUUGCUUUUACAAAGAAGAGCUAUAUUUCACAUACAGGUCAGCUGUGCUCUGAGGGCAGCUACUCUAGCAUGAUAUAGGAUAUACGUCAGUCACCUGAGCACAUCCAAGUAAGAUCCAGAUCAGCAUUUUCUCAUGCAAAUAAAGCACCUAAUUUAAGUCAGACAUUUAGUCCUAGAAAUACGUAGGAGCAUGAUUGCCAAUGAAAUUGCAGUGUCACAAAUAGGAGAUAAUGGACUUGCUGAAAUAGUAAGACCCAGAGCCUUGUUUGCAGUUUCCUAAAGGAUGCAGAAAGAGGAGACGACGAAGCAACUGUGAAACAGCACGAGCCUUUCUCCCACCACAGCUUCCAGGUAGACUUUAGUCCAUACUAUUUGUUGGAUGUGAUCUCCGUGCUUGGCAGAAUUACACAAAGCAAGAAAUGUUUGCUUACCAUGAAAUUCACCCCUGUUUAAGGGGGCUUAAAGGGUGCUCAGCUGGAUUAUCAUUAACUUCUUGCUCUGAUGGCAAUGAGUUCCAGGGCAGCCUCUUAAUCUUGAGCACAAGGCUAACUUUUUAAACCCCAAAUUCAAGUGAUGUAGGCUGAGUGACACUGCAGUUGUGGUGUAAUCCAGUUGGAAUUAAACUGGAUUGGAUGCCUCUCCAUUCUUUAAUGUCUGCUUUGCACUGCUUUUGUCUGAUAGUUUGUGUUGUAACUCCUGUUUGUUUACCGAGCUCUUUCCUUUUUUUUUAAGGUAUCGAAGAGCAGGGUGUCAUUGGAAGGGAGAUUUUAUUAAAUGGUUUAUUUUUUUGCAUUCGAUACAUAUUUAGGCAUAUUUUUGCAUUACUGUACAUAACGUUUAAAAAUAAUUGUUUUUUUUAAAGUGUUUUAUGAUGUGGGUACAUAUUUUAACAUACAAUUAUGAAAUAUACUUGAUGUAAAGCCACAGCUGAUGUGAUUUGUUUGGGGUUUUUGUUUUUGUUUUUUCUCCUAUUCUUCUUCUGUGAGUAAAUGUGCUCACAGUAUUACUGCUUGUGCUUAAAAGAAAAGCAGCAGUGAGACGUUUUCUUUGCCUCAUUCAUUGGCUGCACAUACACUCUAAAAUCCAGGACACGUCAUAGGAAGUUUACUAAUUAUGUAUGAAUAAAAUACGUGGAACUUAAGAGGAUAAGACAACAGCGGGCUGCUCUGAUUUGAAUCACCACUUCAACUGUGGUUUAAAUCAGCAAGCAGGAAAGCUUUGUUCGCAGUCAGUUUCUGCCUUGCUUUGUGUUUGUACUCAAGGUCAUGGUUUAUGGUUGCCUCCCAUUUCCUCCCCUCCAACCACAGCAGCAUAUUUCCAUACAGAUGCCGAUCGCUGCUACAUUUCAGCCACCCUUUGUGUCCCCUGGAGGUGUGUUGUGUCAGGAUUGCAGCUUGUGAGCAUUUCAGCUCCCAGGCUGCGACGAACGGCUCCCAUUGGGCUGGCGAGAAACAUGGCGGCCCACAGCUUGGUCAUGGCUGUAGGGCAGUCCGUGCCUGUGUGGGAGCGGCCUGUCCCCUCCCUCCCGCUAUCACAAGUGGCUCCAGGCAUCUCCUCCCUGAGAAGCUUUCUAGAACAUACCCUGCCCACAGGUACGUGGUGUGUCUGAUGGAGGUCAGCCCUGUGGAAACAUUGGUGGGCAGCUCGUAGAGCAGAGAAGCCAGCCGUCCCCUCGUUAUGUGUCCUUCAAUGAACGUCAGUGUUAAAGCUAUUGCCAGCCUGAUGUUUUGAUGGGGCUCCCAAAGUUUGAAGUCUUGUAUGCUGAGGAGCCCUGAAUGUUACUUCUCUGUUGUUGGUGAUUUGCAGCAAGUUCUGUUCGGAUGGAAAUGGGAAUUGAAGUAACUUGCAGAAAAGCAGUUAUUUAGAACUCUUUGAGUUAGUUGACUGGGGAUAUAUUUAACAGGCUAGAGAAAUAAAUGGGCUAAAAUACUUUCUGAUGAAACCUCUUAAUGGAGCAAAGUGUUCCAGAUGGUUCUAUCUUAGCACUAGCAGGUCUUAGCACCUUAGGCUAAUUUUUUACUCGUAAACACUUUUAUAUGACAAUUAGUUUCGAUGCGAAAAAACAAUGCGUAUGGAAUGCAAUUAUCAGAAUGAAUUGAAUCAAAGUAAACACUUCUUCACGUUCAUGGGAGAGCUGCCCACUGCCUUUGGUGAGGUCAGCAUUAGUCUCUGAUGGUUUCUUCCGUUCAGUGUCUUCCACCACUGCAGUGCUUUGACUUGCCUUAAGACUUCACCAGCAAACAGGGCUUGCUCAUGACUUUUCCCUUAACUAGAAUUGUUUUAGUACUGAUAGUCAAUAAUGAUUUAAAUUGUAAUUUAUGACAAUCUCCUUGAAUCCAUACGGUUACUUUUUCAUUUCUUUAAUGCAAAUAUAAAAGAUUGGCUUGUUGAGAAGAACUAAUAGGGGAAUCAUAGCAUUCUUGAGCGUUGCUCAGAAUAACUCAGAGGGGUGAUGCUCCAAUUUUGAGGCAUUGUGCCGAGACUGAUCUUCACAAUUUGCAUUUUUACAGACUAGCCAUGUGCCUGCUUGUGGUUAUGUAUAAAAUCAGUUUGCUGGGCAAAGCUUUAUAGUCUUCUUUCCUCCUUCAAAGUCUAUUUACGUGAAUAAAAAUGAAGUUCAACAAUC